AUGCCCUUCCGCCAGCGUGUUGCCCGCCACUUCGGCGAUGCGCUCUCCCCCGAAAAGCCGUACCUUAGCUACUAUGAUGUCCUAUUGACCGUCGAAGACGUCAAGGCUCUCAAGCACGACUGGCUCACGGACAAUAACAUUGCCUUCUGGGAGGAAUACCUCGAGCGAGAGACGCUGGCUCGCUACCCGCAAGCCCAUAUCGUCCUCCUCCGUCCUAGCAUGACGUUCCUCCUCAUGAAGGAGCCCGAUAGCCGCCUUGUCCGCGCCGCCCUGCCCGACUUUACAAAGGUCACCCACAUCUUCCUGCCCAUCAACGACAAUCGCAAUGUCAGCGUCGCAGAGGGCGGCAGCCACUGGUCCCUACUGCUCGUCUCCGUUAUUGACGGCCUCGCCUUCCACUACGAUUCGCUCGGUGGCUCCAACUUCUCCGAAGCAAACCUUGCUACGCGCAAGCUCGCCGAGAUGCUCGGCCGCCCCUUCCGCUUCAUCAACCUCCAGGACUCGCCGCAGCAGGAAAACGGGAGUGACUGUGGCGUCUACGUCUGCCUCCUGAUGCGCCAUCUCCUCAUCAAGCGCCUUCUCUGCGUUAAUGCCCGCGAGAAGAUCUCCAUGAGCAUGGCGGGCAAGAUAGUGGACAGCCACGGCGGCCGCAAGGAGAUGCUUCGCAUCAUUGAGAACCUCCGCAAGGAGGGCGAGCGCCGAAGAUCGAGAAGCUCGAGCCCAUUUACCGACAAGACGCCACCUCGGAUCGAAUAG